AUGUUGCGUCAUGGUUCCCACCCGGAACAUCCCAUGCAGGCAUUCCCGAACCCGGUAGCGGGUCUGCUGUGCUCUAUCUGCAAAGCCUCGGCUCACCCAUCCAUGACAGAGUGGUAUCACUGUGCGCAGGAGGGAUGCCGCUACACUCUGUGCCGGAAGUGCCAGGAAAUAGAUGAGCAACUUUUCGAUACACCGCAGGUGGUCAUACGCAGCCCCAUACUCGCGUACGACAACAUGGAUGUUUGUCUGAGAACCCGACCACGGAAUAACGCACAUGUAUUGUGUCCCUUGUACCCCGCCCGUCUCAUGGUUGCCGUUGCCAGUGCAAGGGGAAGCAUUGAUCCUACCGAAACGUAUUACAGGCUCGGAAAUGGCGGGUGGACGAAUGCCGCUCAUGUUGUGCGGGUGGUGCCAUCGCAGCAGCUGAUUGAAGAGCUCGCCGGUGCCCAUCUUGUGGGAGGGGACUGUAGCCCAAGCGAUCGAAUGUCUCUCCGGGAUCUCCUCGACUGCAUAGAUGAGAGCUUUCGGCUGAUGGAACAGCGGUCUCCCUACGGUCUUGUGAUGGCGUCCCUUAUAUACUACCCCCUGAUCCAGUACUGCUCGGAUUGGGGAAACGUUUCAUCAGAAGGCCGCGUGGCAUUUGUCCGCGCCUCGCUGGGGUUUAUCCACUACGUCUUCCAUUACGUCCUGGACGAGCUCAAUCAGUGGCUGGAAAACUAUGAUCCGAUGGUAAAAACUACAAUACUUUCGCUCUACGUCGAACUACUAGGGAAGUCACUCACUGUGGCGCGUGACCUAGCCCUGUCGCAGGCUAUUGCUCUGCCGAGUGAAUUGGGUCCGCUGGUGGUGGAAACUGCCCGUGUUAUAGUCGAACUUGUGCCAGUGUUAGACAACGGAAGAAGGCACCAUAUAGAUAUGGGGAAGUCCUCCAUGAGAGACCCGUCCGUUGCGUUGCAUCAGAGGGACUUCGGUGAGGAACAACUCCGGCUGCUCUCCUGCUGCCAAGGAAUAGUGGAAACAGCUGGUUGGUUGCUGCUGCACGUCCCGGUGUUCACCUAUGGGCGCAGUGAUAUUUUGCCAUUCCGUGUUGCCGUUUCAUUCAUUCCCAACUCUGAAUGCCUGGAGCGGCUCCUAUGUCAGGUCACGACCAGCGCCUUAGAGAAAGAUGCCACACUGCAAAAGCGGGUGCAUGACCUUGAUGUUGUCGAGGUAGCGGUGUCGUUGGCUGCACGGGCAUCGUGCGCGGAGAGCCAGCUGGCGGUGUUCAGAGUAAUUGCUGCUGUCGCCCACGAAUCACCUGGGAAUAUAUCACAAAUUGCCCCGCUGGUUAUUGCGCCUCUCAUAAAACUCGCAACCAAGGCACUGAACACUUUAGUAGCGAAUGCUGCCUUCGACUGUUUUACGGAGCUUGCGUACAACGAGCCCCGACCGAAUCAUCAUUCGUGCGACGUUGGUAAUGAAGAAACAGAGUCUCCCUCUCUAUGUUCUGCGGUUCUCCACCCAAAUACGGCCCCAUACCAGACGAUGCACGCAUACAAAAUCGCUGGUCGUCAAGUGCUGCUCUGCGAAUAUUGCAGCCAGACACACCUUCCUGCGGGCAGUGUUCCAUCAAUGACGCCUCAGAGGGCGCAUUUCCACUGUUACUGUAGGUACUGUCCGAAUGAGCAUGUCACUCAAACCAGCCGGUCACCCACUGUUGGUCCCACCUCGGCCAUUCAGCUAAUGAUCAACGAGGGCAUCACACAUUUGAUGCUCUUCUGGCUCAGGUGUGGUGAGUUCGCCGUUGCAAAUACGGUGGGUCGCCUCUCGUUAAAGAUCGCGGUGCCACCAGAAGUUAUCGUUACUCUCUACCACGCAUUAUUGAGGCAAAGCCUGGUGGGCUACGCGGAUGCGGCCCUUGCAGUGGCAGCUCAGGCGUACCUCCCAGUUGUUAAGGAAAUGCAGCGACGCUACCCGAAUGCCGCCAUCUCGCAGUACCUCUCGCAGGAGAGCAGCAGUGUUGGCUGCAAAAGUCUCUUCGCGGAUUGCACGCCUGGAGAAGAUACAGAUGGCAAUGAUGUCGACGGUCUCUCGCCGUCACCUGAUAUUGCGCUUCGAAGCAGUGAUGGCGGCUCAGUGGUGAGCAGCGUGUCGCCUCCAGUCACUGAUCUUUUUACUAUGCCCAAUGGGUACCUGAAUGUGGCCAUAUAG